AUGGAGCCGGUGAAUAAACAGCCCCGUGACAGCAGCCGGGAUAACCCCGCUCCCAGCCAAGGUGCUGCGACCCCCACCGAGCGGGUCAGGGUGCUCCGGGGCUCCCUGGGGAGGAGGAUUUCCCCAAAGCUGAAUGUUUUCCCACACUGGACCCCCGGACAGGACUCGUCCAAAUGCCGCACGUCACCUGGCGCAGCGGCGGAGGUGGGUCUCAAGCCGGGACUGGGCAAGCGCAUCCUGCCCUGGGUGCUGUCACGGGAGCAGCCCCCCGAGGUGCGCAAGGAGGGGGUCCUCAAGUACGGGCUGUUGGACGAGACCUCUCUGGACAGCGGGACGCGCUGGCAGCGCUGCCGCCUGGUGCUGCGGCGAGCGGGGACGCCCGACGGGGAGGACUAUGUGCUGGAGCUCUUCGACCCCCCCAAGGGCUCCAAGCCGAAGCUGCACAUCGCCUGCUCCGCCAUCCAGGAGCACCCCCCGCCGGUGCUCAGCCUGGCUUCUCCCGUCCCCGGCAGGUCUGACAUGGGCGACCCCGAGCUCCUGGCAUGCCGGCACCCCGACCCCGCGGCCACCAGCCCCGCUACCAACACCGACACCCUCGGCCAAGGGGCGACGCCGGGGGGCCCGGGGGAGGCGGCGGGGCCGAAGAUGGAGCAGUUCCUCUCCUCCUGCCCCUGGUUCCACGGGCCCAUCUCCCGCGUGAAGGCGGCUCAUCUGCCCCUGCGGCUGGCGCUGACGGAGCGCGGGCAGUGCCGCGUCCAACACCUCCGCUUCUCCUCCAUCGUGGAGAUGCUGCACCACUUCCAUCGCUACCCCAUCCCCCUGGAGUGCGGGACAGCCUGCGACGUCCGUCUGUCCAGCUACGUCGUUGUCCUGCCCCAGCCACAAGGUAAGGGGGCACGGAGGGAUGGGGACAUUCCCGGGAGGUGCAGAGAGUGGGGUCCUCUCCGGCGGGAGGUUCCCCUGGGUGGAUGCAGAUGCCCCUUUGGCUGCACGUGGCCGGGGAGGGGAAGCGGAAGCAUCCGGAUCUUCCACCUGGUGCCGCCGCCGGCUGAGCUGGCGCAGAGCCUGCGCCCCAGCGGGGCGGUCACGGCCCACGGCCACCGACACCGCGAUUCGGACUACGAGGUGGAAGCGCCGGGCCGGGGCCACGUCCGCGCCAUAGACAACCAGUACACGCCGCUCUGA